AUGGCCUCCUACUCAGCCCAAUACUACGCGUCCGCCGUGCCCAUCCCGUCCAAGGACAGCACAUACGAAUACCCAUCCUACGCCGCAUACGGCGACAGCAGCAGCAGCUACUACAACGACGCCAUCCCCUCCCACACCACCUCUUCGUCCAACUACCACCACCACCACGCGCACCACCCAUCCAGCUCCUCCUACUCCGUCUCGCCCCCGGACCACCUCGACCAGUCCGUCGUGUCGUCGGCCAGCGGCCCCACAUACAGCAAUGCCGGGCUGACAACCGGCUACGCCGACGACUACUGCGACUCGUCGGCCGCGUCGUCAGCCGCCGGCGUCGACUUCAACGAGUACAUGCAGGACCGGUUCGCCGAGACGUUCGACCCGCUGCCUUUGGACCGGAGUCUGGCUGUGCAGGCGCAGACAUCCGGCACCCUCAACGCCAAGCACCGCGAGCUCAUGGACCUGCAGGCGAAGGCGCAGGCGCGUCUGGUCAAGGCGCGCGGCCGCUUCGCCGAGGGCCUGCAGGACGCGCAAGAGGUGCGGUCGAACCUCGAGUGGACGUCCAAGAAGGUCUCAUCUAUGAAGAAGAAGGCCGAGAAGAAGCACUCGAAAGAGUACCAGAAGGCCCGCCAACGCUACCCGUCGCCCGAGUACUAG